CCCGCAAACCCACAGACCUCGACAAUAUUGAUCAGCAUGAUCCCACAGUAGCUCCGCGGGGCACGAAAGCCCCGCUGCCGGGGGCGGGGAGCGGCGCCUCCCGGACUACAGCUCCCGAAGGGCUGCGGGCGCCCAGGGCCAGCGGCCUCGCUUCCUGCGCGGGCCUCGGGAGCCGAUGGAGCCGACGGACGGCGCCGAGGAGGAGGCGCUGGUGCGGUGCCCCGUGUGCUUGCGGGAGCUGCCAGGCGCGCACAUCAACUCGCACCUGGACCGCUGCUUGCAGGCCGAGGAGGCCGCGGCCGAGCCCCCCAGCAAGCGGCCGCGCCUCGCCACCGCCCCGCCGGGCAGCCGGGCCGAGGGGGGGCCGGAGGAGGCCCGCCCGGCCGAGGGCCCCCCUGUCUUCUCCCUCUUCCAGAAGGGCCGCGGCGGGCAGAGCCCGGGGGCCGGCGGCAGGAGGAGCGGAGCGGGGCAGGACGAGGCCGCCGUGCAGCCGGGGGAUGGAUGCUCAGCGGCGCUGCUCGGGGCCAGCCUGGCGCAGAAGCUGGAGGGGAAACCCCUGGCCGAGCUGUUGCGGCCGGACACGCUGGGGGAUUACGUGGGGCAGGAGCGGGUCCUGGGGGCGCAGACCCUGCUACGGUCCCUCCUGGAGUCCCACGAAAUCCCCUCCCUCAUCCUCUGGGGACCGCCGGGCUGCGGCAAGACUACACUGGCACACAUCAUAGCCAACAACAGCAAAAAGAAUGGCACAAGGUUUGUGACACUGUCAGCCACAAGUGCCAAGACAAAUGAUGUUCGAGAUGUCAUCAGCCAAGCCCAGAAUGAAAGAAGGCUCUUCAAGAGAAAAACUAUCCUCUUUAUUGACGAGAUCCAUCGUUUCAAUAAAUCUCAGCAGGACACUUUCCUUCCUCACGUUGAGUGCGGGACAGUGACCCUGAUAGGAGCGACCACAGAAAACCCUUCCUUCCAAGUCAACGCCGCUCUUCUGAGCCGGUGCCGGGUGAUCGUCCUGGAGAAGCUCUCGGUGGAAGCAAUGGAGGCAAUUCUGAUGCGGGCCGUCAGGUCCUUAGGGGUCCAGGUUUUGGGCCAGGGUGACCAGCACAGCAGCUCUGCAACUGGCAGCAGCAGCGAGAGCUCAGAAUUCCCGGUGUUCAUAGAAGCCAAAGCUUUAAACACACUUGCCUACCUUUGCGACGGUGAUGCAAGGACUGGACUGAAUGGACUCCAGUUGGCAGUUCAGGCCAGAUUAGCAGCAGGAAAGACCAGUCCUUUGAAUAUUACCAAAGGUGGUUCUGCAGAUGGCAUUCUGAUAACAGAAGAGCACGUAAAGGAAGGGCUCCAGCGAUCCCACAUCCUGUAUGACCGAGCAGGAGAAGAACAUUACAAUUGCAUCUCUGCCCUGCACAAGUCUAUGAGAGGCUCAGAUGAAAAUGCUUCCCUUUACUGGCUUGCUCGAAUGCUUGAAGGUGGUGAGGAUCCGCUUUAUGUGGCAAGGAGGCUGGUGAGGUUUGCAAGUGAAGAUAUAGGACUGGCAGAUCCUCUGGCUUUAACACAAGCAGUUGCUGCUUAUCAAGGCUGUCACUUUAUUGGAAUGCCAGAAUGUGAGGUGAUUCUAGCACAGUGUGUAGUGUACUUUGCCAGAGCACCAAAGUCUAUAGAGGUGUACAGGGCAUAUGGCAAUGUCAAAGAAUGUCUGAGGAUGCACACGGGACCUCUGCCACCUGUUCCGCUGCACCUGAGAAAUGCCCCAACAAGGCUCAUGAAGAACCUGGGCUAUGGCAAAGGCUACAAAUAUAACCCCAUGUACAAGGAACCUGUAGAGCAGGACUAUCUACCAGAAGAGUUGAAAGGAAAAGACUUCUUUAAGGAACAAAAAACGUGAUGGCUGUGCUUGGAAUGAGUUUUGAUUCUAUUACUCAUACAUUUCUACUGGGAGAGAAAUUCCCCUAACAGUGUCAGAUGUCUUUUACUGUGGUUGAAAGGAUUAAGCCAAUGAACCUUUCAGAUACUUCUUUAUCCUUCUGGUUUUACUGCUGUUAUUCUGAAGGUAUUUUGUAAAGAGUUGCAGUUAGGCAAUGUAGAAAUACAAACAUGACCUUUAACCUUAUAGUGCUGUCACUCUGUGGUUCACAUGGAGCAAAAAUGAGAGACUUGUAUUUCUGGCUCUUGCUGUGAGACAAGGAAUAUUACUGUGCUGCUUUUUAAAAUCAGUAUCGAUUUCAGAUUUUGAGAAUGUUUAUUUUCCAAAAAAAUAGUAAUAUGUACCUUUGCUAAAAUACUGUAAACAAAAUAUAAUUGCAAAGUAAUUCUUCCUCUUAUGAUAUUCCAGAGACAAAUUUUGUACAACCAAUAAAGCUGUUAAAA